AUGGAUUCCUGCCGCGGUGCUCGUCCUAGCAGCACCGCUACCUCCUCCAGGUUGUCCGCACCUCUUCUGCAACCUACCCCGGCGCAACCUUGCCCACCUGUUACCCUCGAAUCCUCUCCAUCCGCGCCAUUCGUGCCUCUCUCGCGCGACUCGCGGUCAUGGCGGGACCGGCCGUGGCGCAUAGCCUUCCUCCUCCUCGCGUCUCUCGCGCUCCUCCGCUUGUUCCGCUUGCUCCUCCCUGCCCUGCGCGCGUCCCCCGGCCCGUCGACGUCCCUCGUCGCCAUCUCGUACGCGCGAAUCGGCGUGGCCGUCGUCGCCGCGGCGCCGCUCGUGUGGGUCCCGUUGCUGUACGUUAGGCGGCGCAACAGCCUCACCAUGCUUCUCCCCGCGCUCCUCGCGCUCCACGCCCUCCUCUUCUUCCUGUGCGCGCUUCUGAUUCUCCUCUUCCCCCGAAUCGCUGCUGCCGCUUCCGGCGCCGCCGCUUCAUCGCACGCCCCUACUGCUAUCAGCACGGCCACUGCGGCAGCAGUAGCAGCAGCUCGAGCGCUGAUGACGGACGGAGUAUCUUCCGUGGUCCACACCGCUGCCGCCGCUCUCAUUCCCUCCCUCACCGCCAGCAGCGGCAGCAGCCCAUGGCUGCUCACUCCCAGCCACCUCGCGUCGCUUCCCCUCUUUGACUAUCUCGCCCCGCUGUUCUCGCCAUCUCUCUCUCCCAACGAGCCUGCAUUCCUCACCUCCCCGUUUCCCCCCACGCCCGCUCUCGCCUCUUCAUCCGGGAAGGUGAUCAUCGUGUGCUCGGUGUCAUGGGGGGAGGGCGACACGCCACGAGUGUGUGAAGCGUGGCUGCUUCUUUUCGUCUCGCAGCUCGCCAACCCGCCGCUGCUGCUGCUCUGCGUGCUGCUGGUGUUGUGGGCCUUCCUUGCCUCGUCCGUGCUCAUGUCCCUGCUAGUCGCUGCUCUCAUGGGCCACGGUGUGAGCGCAGAGGAGGGGGACCACAGGCACGCCAUCCACCAUGGAGCGCACACUGUGGAAGGUUCGGCUGAAAAUGGUGCUGCUGCUGCCAAGCUUGCAAUCGCGGGUGCAGGGUUUCAUUCAGCAGGGGCAACGGUCCCCACACAUGCGGUCUGGCCAGUGCAUGCGCCUGGGGAGUCCUUCCAGGCUGGCAUCACCCCGCAGCCGCAGUUCUCACAGCUACGUCGCCAACUGUCUCUGCUGGCCCAGGCACUCAGGCUCGUCCUCACACGCUCCCUGGGCACGGCAGCAGCGGUGGCGCUGCUGAUCAUCCUCUCGUACAUACUCUACUUGGCACUCAACACCUGGCUGGCGGUGUAUGUGUUUGCCGACUUGGAGGUGCCGGGGCUGCUCACGGGUUCUGCUGCUCUGCUGCUCACUGUGCUGCAAGUGGUGCUCCUGCACAUGCUCACCUGGUUCGUGGUGCCAGUGGCAGCUAUCACGGGCAAGGGCGUGUGUGCUUCUCUUGCCACUGCGCUGCACCUGCUGCCCGCCCACCUGCUGCCCUCACUCGCCGUCUUUGUCUGCGCUCGCCUCCUCCUUGUGGCCCUUGGCUCCAUCGCCCGACCUCUGCUGCGCCUGCUGGCGUUCGUGCUCACUCCCUCCCCGCUGUCUGCCUCGCAUGCAUGGGUCGUUGCUGCCUCCUUCACGCGCCUCUUCCUCUCCUCCGUUCUCUCCACCGCACUCACCACUCUCUCUCUCUCCCUGCUCGCCGCCGUGCCUGCUCUCUAUGUCUACCUUGCCCUGGAAGAGAGAUUGGAUGCACACACAGGGGCGGUGUUGGGGCUGCAGGGGCAAGAGGAAGAGGUGGAGGAAAGGGGAGGGGGAAGGGCGAUUGAGGUUCGAGUGGGUUAA